AUGUCUCUCCAGCCGCGCGCACUUUCACUCAAGUCCUUCAACUCUGCGGGGUUUCCCAAACUUCCACCGGAAUUGACCAGUCAUAUCAUUGACAAUAAUCAUGAUGACUUCUAUUCCCUCAAGCGCAUCGCUCUCGUCUGUCGCUCUUGGUUAGCUUCAGCCCGCAAACAUAUCUUCUUCUCUGUAAUGCUA